GGAAUUCCGAGCAUGCCACUGUCUGCCCUCCCAAGCCACCACAAGCUUCCGUCUCCUCCACGGCUGGCGCAUCUGCCACAUCGACAUCACUCGCAAUAUUGACCUGCCAAGCGGUGGCACAAUUCGGCACUGACAGGGCCACCUACCCAAUCAAACGUGCACCGGGCCGAGAUAUUGGCAAUCAUCCUGCUGGCAACGGCGUGGCCAGCGAAGAGGCGAAAGACGCAUCCGCAUACAAACACGUUCUGUUGUGCUCUUCUUUGCUUUUCCUCCAAGCCAUGCUGAGAACAUGCCCGCCUCACCGACGGCCAUCGGGGUGCCUCUGAGGCCAGCCAGCCUUCGCGUCCAAGAUGAGCCAUCACAUAUCGUAUGCGUGCCAAGAUAUCACGAGACGCCCCCCUACACCUCCUCGGCUACAAUACCCAUGGCCUUGGCCCGCAUUGUCGUUGCCAGAUGUCACUGUCUCACCCGACACCUUCUGCUGACCAGGAUCGGGAGGCUCGACGUCGCUUCCCGCCCACUACCCUCUUCCGAAAUGCAUGUCUCAUCCGAACGCCUCAACAGUCAUCACCGUGGCCGGCCUCGACAGACACCUCUAUCUAUCACAACAGCCUCCCCCGCCCAUAAAGAAUAGCAUAUGUAGAUCACUAAACUGAACCGCCUUGUUGAAAUGUCCGCGGAACCCGCCCCCUUCCCAACCCAGGCGUUGAGAACUUCGUUGGCCGGCCGAAGCGAGCAUGACAGCAGGGGCUCGUCCUCUGUCACCCGGAUCCUGCCCUGUCGACGGGUCCGGUGCGAACUGGCGGACCACGACGCCUACGAACUGCCCAUGCGCCCGGCCACCACACACUUCCACCACUACCGCUCGUGGUGGCAAGGUCCAUGGGCGACGAGGGGGUGCAAGGCGACCUCCCGCCGCGGCCCAUCACCCGCCUCCUGGCCUGCACUUGAUCAUGCCUGCUCAUGACUGUUCAGCAACGCCUACGUUGGUGACAAGACAAUCGCAGUACGGCCGAGACACCGCUUUCGGAUGAGGUGACCCCGAAAAUCCAUCCCAAAAGGCAGCAGAUAGUCCUUUGGUCUAUCACAGUCCAAAGGGCCAUUGUGAAUUGAAUUCCCGCCUCAUCAUGACAGGCGCCCUGACGCUUGUCAUGUCUUUGCCAGGUCCCGCCGGGUGUGAGAUUCUGCUCCCGUCAAUAUGACUCUGGCCUAGUAAGGCUGGGGCGGGCUCGCCUUAUUUAUAGCCGAGCGAUCAACUCCCACCUGGCGCUCGAUCAAACCGAGACACUCGCUUCCUAAGCGACCCUCCUCUCUACUGCUUCCUUCCUGCACAUCAACAGUCUCUUCAUAAAUUCCCUGUUGUUCCUCGGCUUCUGCCCUCCGGGAGUGACACAGGCGUGACCCUGCAGAUUCCCAAGAGCCUCCUGCGUUGUGACCAUGACGUCGCAUAUCACUCAUAUACGUGCUCCCAAAGCCCUCGCCGCCUCAUGGCAGAGACUACACUUGCUCCUCGGUUUCCGGAAUGGCUACAACUUUGUUCUCUGGUGCUUCCUGGCCCUCGGCCUGCUCGGCUUCACCUUGAGUCGAGCUCCCUAUCUCGACUACUAUGGCGUGUUUUGCAAACGGAACUCCUUGACACCAAGUCUCCACGCUGCGCCUGGGGAGUGCUACUUCUUUCUCAACGGCGGGCAGGAGCAGAUCGGCAUGAUGAUGCACAUCUUCGCCAUCAUCCCAUGCUGCUUGCUGUUGUUCUUCCAGUUCGUGCCGGUCAUUAGGCAAAGAGCAGUCUUGUUCCACCGGGUCAACGGGUACAUCGUGAUACUGUUGAUGGCAGUUGCUCUGGCCGGCGGGUUGAUGGCAACAAGCAAUUCAUUCGGAGGAGAGGUGGCAUUCCAGGUGGCCAACGUGCUGCUUGGCGCAUCGGUAACAAUAUCCCUCGCACUGGCUAUCAUCAGUAUCAGGAGGCUGCAGAUCGAUCAGCACCGAGCGUGGAUGUUGAGAGCCUGGGUCCUGGCCUCAAGCAUAAUCACCAUGCGCCUUAUACAGAACAUCGCCGGUCGCGCAGUCAGCGGCCAGGGGUACACAUCCCUACGCCCAUGCGCCCAGAUCAACAGCGACGGCGUCCUGCCGCAGCCCGUGAUCGAGAACGCCUGGCCCAACUGCGCGGCCUACUUCUCAGGGGCCAAUCCAGACCAGCAGGUCCUUGUAACGGCCAACUACUACGGCCUCCCGAUCGAGGUCAACGUCGCCCUCUCCAUCGCCAGCGGGGCGUCGGCCUUUAUCGCGCUCAUCCUGCACGCCAUGGGUGUAGAAACAUAUCUCCGACUCACCCCAGCCGAGUCGGAUCGCCUGCGCCAUGUCUCCUUCCGCAAGCAGUCCGCGCGAGACCAGAUAUACUCGGUCCGUUCAGGCCCGGCGACCCACGGCUCUGAAGAUUCUACCAAGCUGGCUCCUCAAGAUGAUUGCAAAGGCGACAUAGGCAGCGACUCCGUCUCAGAGACACAUUUCGAAACAGUAUCUCGAGAGUAAAUGGCGUGGCCCGUCAGAAGGGCGUGUUUACUCUUGUAGAAAUAGGUAUGGUGUGCCAUAGCUCGGUUGAUUUGUUUGAAUUUAGGGCGGCGUUGAGAGUAUUUGGCAGUGGGAGUAUUUAGGGAGCGAAAGUUCUGCAGACAGCCCUGAAGAUAACAGCGAAGGGUCAACCCCGGCCGCUCGGGUAUUUCCUAUCCUAGGAAUGCAUGCUUGUGGAUACUUAAGUACAUAUCUUGCAUGUAUCCACUUCCCUUGUAACCGUCUACUCAAAAUAUGGAAUUCUAUUGCUGCG